CUGCCCGCCGCUGCCCGUCAGCGUUGGGCGCCUUGCCCUUCUCAAAGAUGGCCGCCGGCGGCUUCAGCGCGUCCUGGGGUUGAGAGGGGAGAGGUGGCAGCGGCGGCGGCGGCCGGGCUCCGGGAAGAUGGCAGAGAGCGAGCAGCGGGCAGGCACCUCGGAGGAGAUGGCUCCUCCCAUCCAGCAGAACUUCAUGAUCCCCAGGAAGGAGAUAAACAUCGUUUCCGACAUGGGCAAGUGGAAGCGCUCUCAGGCGUACGCGGACUACAUGGGCUUCAUCCUCACCCUGAACGAAGGCGUCAGAGGCAAGAAGCUGACCUGUGACUACAAAGUGUCAGAGCCCAUUGAAAAGCUGGUGGCUCUUCUGAACACCCUGGACAGAUGGAUCGAUGAGACUCCGCCGGUGGAUCAACCUUCUCGCUUUGGGAACAAAGCCUUCAGGACCUGGUACGCCAAACUAGACCAGGAAGCAGAAAACUUGGUGGCAGCGGUGAUCCCCAAGCAUUUGGCCGGUGCUGCCCCAGAAGUGGCCGUGUACCUGAAGGAGGCUGUGGGGAACUCCACCCGCAUCGACUACGGCACAGGGCACGAAGCUGCGUUUGCAGCCUUUCUCUGCUGCCUCUGCAAAAUCGGUGUUCUCAGAGUGGAUGACCAGAUGGCCAUUGUCUUUAAAGUAUUUAACAGGUACCUAGAAGUGAUGCGAAAACUUCAGAAGACCUACAGGAUGGAACCUGCUGGCAGCCAGGGCGUCUGGGGCUUGGACGACUUCCAGUUUCUACCUUUCAUAUGGGGCAGUUCCCAGCUGAUAGACCAUCCAAAUCUGGAGCCUCGACACUUUGUUGAUGAGAAGGUGGUAAACGAAAACCACAAAGACUUCAUGUUCCUGGAGUGCAUCCUCUUCAUUACCGAGAUGAAGACGGGCCCCUUCGCUGAGCACUCCAACCAGCUCUGGAACAUCAGCGCCGUACCCUCCUGGUCCAAGGUCAACCAGGGCCUCAUCCGCAUGUACAAGGCAGAGGUGAGCGCCAUGGGCAGGGGGGGCCUGGCUCGGCCUCGCCUGCUCGGCUCUUCGCUGCCUCGUGCCCCUCGGUGUGGGGGCUCUGUCACACCCAGCGGCUGCUCCUUGCUGAAUGUGGCUUGGGGACCUUUGGUGGUGCAGAAGGAGGCUCCAGCCUGCCCGGUGUUUGCCCCCAAAACCAGUCCCCAGACUGCCCUUCCUUGCAGGCACGGCCUCUGCCGCUUCUCGUCUUCCCACAGUGCGAGACCCAGGCCUCCAAAUGAGGCCCAACAUCUUGACACGCUCACCUUUCUGGUUCCCACACCGCUCUUUUCCCAGCUGGAGGAGGCUUGGUUUUAACCCCAUCCCGUGUUUUACGAGCCCCAGAGCAGGCUGAGCGCCUCCUGCCCGCCUCCCCCGGCCGCGAGUCGUGUCUGCGCAGCGCACCAGGCUGGCGAGGCCGUGGCCUCCGGGGCUUGGCAGCCCUCCACCCGCCAGCCUCCGCAGGCUUUCCUGGCGAACCCUGACCCCGGGGAACCGGGCAGUUCUGGCCGUCCCUUAUCUCCCCUUCCUGCCGAAGCCAACCCUGAACUUGAGGAAGCGGGACAGGAACUGCCACAUGCGGGCCUCCAGCA